UUAAGGUUUGAUUUCUGUCAAUUGCAUGUAAUUAUAAAUAAUUUCUGUUUUAAUGGAACUUUAUUGUUCAAAUUAAAAUUGUAAGAAUUAAAAUAAAUAGAAAAAUGGCCGAUAAAGAACGAGCUAAAAAGUUGGCUGCAGCCAAAAAGAAGCUAAAAGCCUAUAAAGCUGGAGGAGAAAAGCAAAUAAGUUCAGAUGAAGUUAAACCAACAAAAGAAAAUAUCCAGGGAAAAACUUUCGAAACCCCUAAAUUGCAAAAUUAUUUCAACAAUAAGGACAAUUCCAAUGAUUUUAUACUUUCAGAAGAACGAUCACCCUUCAAUAACAUUUCUCAAACAAAUGAGAAAACCCCGCAAGAAUCUUCUCCUGAAUUAGAUGCAAAAGAAACUGUUUCGCUUGAUACAGUAUUGACUCCAUUUCAAGUAACUAACCAAAAUCCUGAUUUUUCUGUAAUACCUGAUAAAAAUGAAAAGGAUAAAAACGACAACAUUGAUAAAAUGAAUGUGUCCAAUUCUUUGGAACUUUUGAAAACUAUUGAAGUAUUAAUUUCUGAGAAGGCUCAUCUAAUAAAAGAAUCUUCAAAAUUGCAAAUAUCUUGCAAAGAAAAAGAUUUUGAAAUAGAAGAAUUAAGAACCAGACUUUGUGGAACUAAUAGACAAAUCGAAGAAUUGGAACAAUUUUAUUUUAGUGAGCAGAAAAAAAAUGUGGAAAUGUUAGAAAAAGUUAAAAAUUUGGAAAGUGAAUUAAAUAAAUAUAAAAUUCAGUCUGAAGAAUUUUCGGAACAUAUUCAAGAGUUAAAAAGGGAACUUUCUAUAGAUAAGAGUCGAAUUACCAAUAUGGAAGCGGAAAUGAAAGAAAAAAAUAGCCAACUUGAACUUAAUAAUGUUCAAAUUUCCCAAAUAUCCGAUGAAAAUAAAAUUACGAUUGAUAACCGGAUUGAAACAUUAACACAAACGAAAUUUAUGUACGAGCAACAAAUAGUUGAUUUACAAAGUAUGGUGCAGCAAUUACGUGCCGAAAAAGAGCAAGCGAAUCAACAGUAUCAAAAUUAUGUACAGCAUUUGAACAAAGAUGUAGCUUCCUUGUCUGAAAAAAAUUCAGAACUAACAGAAGAUAAUAGAAAGCUAGCAGAAAGAGAACGAGAUUUAGUGAAUCAUAUCAGUAAUUUAGAAAGAGAGAUCCAACAGAAUAUAACAAAGAAUGAAAAUUUGCGACAAAAUAUGAAAAGUGUCUCUACUGAAAAUAUUGGAGAGAGAGUAUUACAAGAAAAUGAGCUUAAGGAACAAAUUACGCAUCUUAAAAAACAAGAGGAAACCUUGAAAAAGACAAUUGAAGAAAAUGAAAAGAAAAUUGUGCAAUAUCGUCAAUUAGUCGAAGAAAAAUCUGAAGAAAUCAAUGCUUUAUUAGAACGUAUUUCAAAUUUAGAAGCGGAUAGGCCAAAUGAUGCAAAAUUAUUAGCCUCCAUUGAAAGUGACAAAGUUGCAGCGUCACGUGCAAUGUCUCAAAAUAAUGAACUACGUAAACAACUAGAUGAAGUUCAGUUAAAAUUGAUCGAGCUAACCAAUGAUAAAAUGGAUUUAACAAAUACUCUAGAUUCAGAAAGAUUUAUUAAUAAGCAAACACGACAAAAUUUCGAAGACAUGCAAAAUCAAAUUAAAACUUUAAGUGAUCAAAUGCAUUUUAAAGAUGAAGAAAUGAUACGACUAACCCAUGAAAAUAACGAACUAAUUGAAAAAUUAAGUAUAUUACAAAAAACAAAUGAGGAUAUUAGUACUAAGCAAGGAUCAGUUUCGCCAGAAAUGGUUAAUAAUGCAACUGAAACUUUAAGUAAUGAAGAAUGUGUGGAACAUUCUCAUAAUACUUGCGAAACUUUAGAACAUUCUGAAAAAAAUGACCAAGCUAUUCAAAUGUCAGAUUCAACAUCACAAGAAAAUUUGAAAAGAAAGGAUUCUGAUGCAAUAUCACUUCCAACGUCAGAAGCAAUUUUACGUUUAGAAGAACGUUUCAAAAAAUUGAUGGGUGAAGUAGCUGACUUAACAGAUGAAAAACAACAAUUGGAACAUAUUGUAUUACAGUUACAGGGUGAAACUGAAACUAUAGGCGAAUAUAUCGCUUUGUAUCAAUCACAAAGAAAAAUUCUUAAAAAUAAAGAGUAUGAAAGAGAUGCUCAAUUAAAAAAAUUAUUAGCCGAACGUGAAGACCUACGUACUAAAGCUUUAAAACUAGAAUUAUUAAUGAAACAAGUCGGUUUAAAAAAUGUUAAUUCAAUUAAUUAUAAUUUAACAGAAAUGCCUAAAAAUCAUAAUACAGAAAUUAGUGAAAAAAUUUUAAGUAAUGGUCAUCAAGAAACUCAAAAUGUCGCACAAAAAGACACGGAUUAUAAUAAAAUCGAGAAUAUAGAGAAAACUCAUAAUUAUCAACAUCAGAUUGAGCAUGAUAACGUUAAUAAAUUUUUUCAAGAUAACAUAACUGAAAGUGAUUCACAAAAAAUAAUUGAAAAAAUUCAAUCACUUGUCGCAGAUUUAAAAAAUAAUAAAGAGACCUUACCGCUUAUUUCUACAUCCGUUGAUCAUUGCGCUUGUUGCUCUGGUAAAUUUGAAACAAUUUAGCAAGAAGUAGCAUAAAAAAAAAAAAUAAAAACAUUCUUAUAUUAAAAAAAAAGAAACUAUCACGUUCGAUUAAAAUUAUUCAACACCGCUAUAAAAUACAUAUGCAAUAUAAUGAUACUAUUAAUUUAAAAUUAUAAUUAAAUUGGUUUUAAAUAUAAACUAUUCUAGAUUAUUAAAAUUUUAUAAUAGUAUAAUAAAUUUAUU